AUGGGAGGGAACUGCCGAGCCAGGUGCCGGCUUGCAUGAUUCAGCAGAAGACAAAGGGACAAAAUCAAUAUGACUGUAUAGCUGGUGGGGAUGAGGCUAGAAACAAAAGUUGGGUGAAGCAAGUGCCAUGCACCAGUGAAGUAUUGGCUUGUGUUUUCAUUUUAGAAGUUAUGGAGCCCUUGCUAUCCAUGUGACCAUCAGAAAUCACAUUUUAAUCACCUAACAUGGGUGGCGCUUGGGACGCGGGUGGCGCUGUGGGUUAAACCCCAGAGCCUAGGGCUUUGCUGAUUAGAAGGUUGGCGGUUCGAAUCCCCGCGAGGGGGUGAGCUCCCGUUGCUCGGUCCCUGCUCCUGCCAAACUAGCACAGUUCGAAAGCACGUCAAAGUGCAAGUAGAUAAAUAGGUACCGCUCCAGCGGGAAGGUAAACGGCGUUUUCGUGCACUGUUCUGGUUCGCCAGAAGCGGCUUAGUCAUGCUGGCCACAUGACCCAGAAGCUGUACGCUGGCUCCCUCGGCCAAUAAAGCGAGAUGAGCGCCGCAACCCCAGAGUCGGCCAUGACUAGACCUAAUGGUCAGAUGUCCCCUUUACCCUUAACAUGACAACACCUUCUUGAAAAGACAUCAGAGUUUGAAGGGUUCUUUUUAGAAAGGGGGUUUGCCCCUCACUGGGUCAGUAAACAGAAGCUAGAGUUACAGUAGUUAAUCUCCCUUUUGGCAAAAAAAGAUCUGCCAGCAGCAUCAUGUAAAACAUCUUGAACUGCCCCAAAUUCAUUUAAUUUGAAAUAAGGGGUGCUUUAGGGUCCUGGAGAGGAGAGGAGAACAGUGCAUCAUAGCCUUGCAAACACAGAACUUUAUUACGAUACUUUAAAACACAGUAUUAAAUGAUUUGGAAAUAGUAACAAAUCUUAUUGCUGCGAAACUGCGCAGCGUAAAAUUGGAAAAAGCAUUGUGCACCUUCAAUCUCAGAGCAGUAUGGACUGCCAUAACAAAGUAUAAGUUAACUUCCUAUAGAAGAGCUACUAAUAACCAGCCAAAUAAGUUUAUAUAACAAUGAGCUUUAUCACACUUAUCAAGAUAAGAUACAACUGUACAAUAGGUUUUCAUUAUUGUAAUAACUUGUGUGCAAACAUUUCUUUUUAUUCAUUUUUGGUAUGCAUUAAUAUAAUUGCUAAAAAAAUACGUUUAGAAGAACACCGGGUUUAGGUUGCAGUUACCUGGGAGUGAGUCUCAUGGAUCUCAGCUUAUUUCUUAUUUCUGAGUAGACAGGUAGAGAACUGCGCUGCCUAGAUUCUCCCUAUUGAGACUGCAGAAAGUGCGCACGACGCAGUUUGGGGGGACACGAAUUUGGGGGCAACAAAAAGAGCUGCUGUGUCUCGGAUGGUUUCCCCUCAACACGCAAGUCUUCAAACCUGCCUGGAUCCUCUCUCUGCCCCAAAGGAAAGCCCGGCUCAGGUGAGGGGGCGGGGCGGGGGGCGGGGUCCUGGCGGCCCCUCCCGCGCCGCGCUCGCCAAGGGCCGCCCCCCCGCCCCGCCCCGCCUGCUCCCUCGGCCGCUCCCGGGGCUGCGCGGACGUUGCCAGGAGGCGGAGUGAGUGAGGGUCGCGGGAGAGGGGAGGGGGUCCCACGGGGGGGUCCCACCGCGCCCCCAGGGCAGCGGGCCGGGAAGCCCCUUCGCCUGCGGCGGCGCCCGGAGAAGCGCUUGGAGGCCCCGCUGGGCCUUCCGCGACGGGCCUCCCCUUUCCCUGGCCGGGGCCUGUGAAGGGAGGGCCGGGGGCGCCGAGGGCCGCUGUCAUUACUGUGGUUCAGUUGGUUGCUCGCUUUAAGACGCCCCCCCCGACCACGAAGGAGGGUGUUUCUAAGCCCCCCCCCCCCGGCCAGCUUCGAAGAGGCCUCGGUGGUUAAAGGCGGGAGGCCUGUGGGGAGAGAGGGGCGUUUCCGCCUGGCGCCCCCACCUCGCUCCCUCCCAAGCGGGGCCGCUGCAGAGGAGGCAAUGGGAGCUCGGCGGCGCUGCCUCGGUUGGGCCGAAAGCGGGAAAUGAAAUGGUGUUGGGAGUCAAGGAGGACCUUGCAGCAAAGCCGGGUUUGGCGCUGUAGCCCCCCCCCGCGCCCCCCUAAAGCGCCAUAAAGCAAGCCUGGUGGUAUUUUAAGGACCAGCCAAUUGGUCAUGGCGUGAGCUUUCAUAGAUAUUCUCUGCGCCUGUGGAGUUUUAUCAGCAAAGCACAAACAGAAAAGCACUUCCAACUUCAAGAAACAAAGUAAAAUACUCUUGAGCAUAUGGAUUUUCAUGCUUUAAACUCCAUUAAUUCAUUUCUUUUGCUCUCUUCCCACCAAUAAUUACUAAAAUAUGUAGAAAACGAUAAGGACUUAAUAUGUGCCCCCUCCCCCCAAAUAAGCUUAGGGCUACAAUAAAACUUUGCUCCAGGAGAGUGUCUUCCAGGAGACAGUAUUGAAUAGCCUCUGGCCAAAUGUGGUUCUGAGAAGAAGAACCUGUCAGGGGGCUGUGCCCCUGCCCAUGAUAUUGUGGUAUAUAGAAGUGAUGAAGGAAUAGGGGGUAUGCACACUAAAAUAAUGUUGGGACUGCUCCAAAUCUUGACGCUCACCUUGAUGUGUUAGUGUCUAUGUGAGAUGCUAUUGAAUCACAUUUGACCCAGUCACAUCCACAGCCAUGCAUUUAAUGUUCAUUCGGAACCUUUGUUGUGUUGGGAAUUUUAGCUCUGUGAACAAACUGUAAAAAAGAGUAAGAGAUAGGGGCAUACACCCCACAGGAAGCUUUUGGGCCUCCCUGAAUCCUUCACCCAUGCAGUUAGAGACGACUCCUGGGGAUGAGGAUGCAUCAUUUGUGGAGCCUCAAAACAGCUUGCAAAAGAUUCUCAACACCGUACUCUAAUCUCCGUCCCCUCCCCCACCCCCAUGGGCUGUUCUGGGGGGUUCCCCUGACCCCUUCCAGAGCCAGUUUGGAGGGCCACCCUGCACACAGCACCCAUAUGGAUGCAGGAGUCUUCAGGAAGCUUUUGCUGCUCUUGCUUUUGAUUUUUCCGGGUGCCAUGCUUACGCCCUCUCCCACAGUGCUCCUCUACAGCUCUGGAGUGGCUCUGAGCAACUGGAUUUCACUUGGUACAAGGUGAAAGGAGCCUUCCCUCUGUUGGCUGAUUUGUGUGGCCUAUCUCUUGGGGACAAUCUGUAGCCAAUUGCGUAAAAUAAUAGGAGGGUUUAAAAGUGGAUUGUACAUGGCUCUGCGUUUUAUAGACAUGCUUGAAAUUCUUUGAAGGGUAAAACUUGAUAAGAUAGUGUGUUUUAUCUUGUUUUUGUGAACUGUCCUGGUAGCUCUAUGGAGGGCAGUAUAUAAAUCUUUCAGAUAAAUGACACAGCAGUAGGCGGAUUCCCAGGCACCUUGCCUGCUGCUUUACGGGAGCAGAGGUUGAUAGGCCUCUCUUCUGUCCAAUGCAGCCUUGUUCCUGCUUGCCAGCUGUCAGAUGCUUCACAGUCCCCGCUUCUUACUCAUUCUCCCUGGUUUUCCUGGUCUGCUCCGUUGUGCAGCAAUGAGCACCAUCACUGGCACAUUUCAGCUGCAGCAGCCCCUCAACUACCGAGAGGGUGCCCGCAUUGAGCCUGUGGAUGGAGAUCACAGCGAGGAGACGUAUGAACCAGCAACUGGUAAUUAUCUCCAGGGUGAUGUUCUGGGGGGAUGUGGGCUUCAGGGAGUGCAGCCCAGUUGCUGCAAAAGGUGGCUUUGGAAUCCCCACCCCAGACUCUGUAGUACAUCAAUUUGCUAUUGACUUGGCAUUUUAGAUAGCAUUCACAUUCAGUGAUGUGAGGUGAGAAUAUUAUCAAGAAUGAGAAUAUUCUCGAGAAUAUUCUCUACUAGAAAAUUCCACUCCACAAACUGUAAGAACCAGUUUUACAACACUCAUUUAAAAAACCUAGUAAAUAAUAAGUCAAGCUGUGAUAUUGGCAGUGUAAAUAAUGAAUAAUGAUUUUUUUGAUCCAGUUACAUUACUGGGCCUUGUGUCAUUCACCAUUGGCAGUUUUGAAAUGUGAGCUACAGAAAACAAUUUUUUUAGUUUUAAAAGUGCUUUACAUUUAAUAUGAUGAACAUUUGAAUUCAUAUGUAUUUCAACUGUAUGUAAUAGCCUUUUUUCUAUUUUGGUGUGAUCUUAUUCUUAGCAGUUCUUGGCCAUACAGUGUGAUUAUUUUUACAGAAAGUAGCUUUAAUGCUUUAUACACUUAAAGUACCUAGGCCUAUACAAUUAUGUGUAACAGCAUGUGAGGUGGCCUUGAUUUAAACAGUUGUUGCUUCUAUAUUUUUAUUUAGUGCCAGUAACUGGUUUUUGCAGUGCCAUUCAAUGGUACAAGGUGCCAUAUUCUACUAUUUUAAAUGAAAAUUCUCCAAUAUUUUCAUUAAUUGAGAAUAUUCUCAAGAAUUUUCUCCAAAAGAUUAUUCUCAAGAAUUUAACAUCACUAUUUACAUUAUUCAAAUACGUUUCUGGCUUAGAUUUAUUCCAACCAGAAGAAACAGGAAUCUAUGACCUUUGAAGCUGUUGGCUGGCUGCACUCGUGCCAAGGUGCAUUCUGAAUUGUUUAUCUUUUAAUGCUUGAACUUUGAAUUUGCUGAUUGGUAAAAAAAUGUGGCUGAGGGCUGAUAUGCAAGACUUGCAAAUAAUGGAGACAGUGGAGUACUGGUUUUUGUCCAGACACAUCUAUUUUUUAAACUAUUGUAUUUGCUGUAACAAUAAUAAAUGAUAAAGAUGUUUAUAAAGAUGUUGGUCAGUGUCUUUAUAAAUGACUUGGAUGAAAGAAUUGAGAGGAUGCUCAUCAAAUUUGUAGAAAACACCAAACUGGGAGGGGGAGCUAAUGCCACAGAAGACAGAAUCAGGAUUCAAGAUGACCUUAACAGACUGGAAAACUGGGCCCAAGCUAACAGAAUGAAUUUCAGUUGGGACAAAUUUAAGGUUCUACACUUAGUCAGGAAUAACCAGCUGCACAACUAUAAGACACCUGGUCAACUAUAAGACGUACAUGUGAAAAGGAUCUAGGGGUCUUAGUAGACCACAUGCUAAACAUGAGUGAUGCAGCAGCAAAAAAAGGGAAUGCUAUUCUAGGCUGCAUCAACAGAUGUGUAGUGACCCAAACAAGGGAAGCAGUAGAAUUGCUCUAUUCUGCCUUGUGGCAGAGCCAUAGCUAUGGUAAGGCUAGCCAGGGGUUUUUUGCCCCGGGUGAAGUCUUCAGAGGGGUGCCAUUGAGGCUCCUAAAACCUUGUUUUUGACCCAGGUGAAAUCAAGUCUAGUUUCAUCCCUGCUUGUGGUGUCCAGUUCUCAGCAUCACAGUUUAAGAAGGAUGUUAACAAGCUGGAACAUAUACAGGGGAGGGUGACCAAGGUAAUCAAGGGUCUGGAAGCCCAGCUUCCAGACCCUUAUGAGGACCCUUAUGAGGGUCAGUUGAGGGAGCCUGGAAAAGAGGAGACUGAGAAGAAAUAGGAUUACCAUUUUCAAAUAUCUUAAGAGCUGCCAUAUGGAAGAUGAAGCAAGCUUGUUUUCUCCUGCUUUGAAGGGUAGGACUUGAACCAAUGGAUUCAUGUUACCAGAAGGGAGAUUCCAAAUAAACAUCUGGAAAAACUUUUUGACAGUAAUCUGUUUGGCAGUGGAACGGUCUCCCACGAGAGGUGGUAGACUCUCCUUCCUUGGAGGUUUUUAAGCAGAGGUUGAGUGGCCAUCUGUCAGGGAUGCUUUAAGCAGAGAUUCCUGCAUUGUAGGGGGUUGGACUACAUGAAUCUCAGAAUCCUUUCCAACUCUAUGAUUCUAUGAUAAGUUAGAGAGUCUUAUUGUCUGUCAUUUACCAAAAAUCAUUGAUACUUUACUGUAUCAUUUUCCCUCAAGCAUGGAUUCCCCCCUCUCUAAUAAUCAAUAAAUAAACACCGUUUAUUCAGUUCCCUGUGUAUGACUAUGUAUGUCUCUUUAUAUGUCUGUCUACACAAUAUAAUGUCAGGUCCUGUUUUCAAUACAAACCUUUUGGAGCAAUUUCUUCAGAGAUGUGCAGUGUCAAAUAUUUGGCAAAUCACUUUCUUGCUACAGUUAGCAAAUCAACAAAAAGCAAAUUUUGAACUUGGCUUGUUAUAUUAUUCAAUAAAACUAUUUGGGGAGAAAAGGCAAUUUAAAAAAAUCUGUGGUAAUGCAUUUUCCAUCAUAAACCAAAGUGUCCUGAUGCCAUUGCAGUGCCAUCAAAUGGGAUAGAGGUUGCUGAGUUUCCAACGUGUCUGAGAAGUCAGACCAUUUCCCACCCAAUUUAAUUGGCAUAGAAUAUUGCUUAUAUAAGCUUAUUUUAUUUUUAAUUAUUAUCUUGUUCAUUGACACCAAAGAACCAAAUUUAUAAUACUUUAGUCUUGAACAUCAGUUUGUGUUCUUAUGGCUAAUUACCCUGCUAAAGGUGGGCAGGGACAGAGCUGUAAGUGAGUUUCUGCCUGCCCUUUUCUUCCGGUUUCCCCCCUCGCCACUUUCAUGAAAUUAGGCCAAGGGCCAUGAAUUGCCUACCCCUGGUGCAGGCAUGGGUGUGAUGGGACGCUUCAAGCUUUUCCUCUUGGUAGGCCAUGUUGCAGAAUAAAUAGCUUUUCCUGUUCAGCACACAGCCUGCAGUCCUAUGCAGAAGAUAAUAGAUGAACCACACUCUGUCUCUUAAGAAGCAUAGGAAAAAGAAAGAAUAGAAACCCUGCCCAAUAAAUAGUUGCUGAUGUACAAUAUUCAGAAGAAUUCCUUGUCAAGCCUGAAUCCAGAGAGGCUCAGUUGGACAUAUCACAAUGGCCUUUACAUCUCAAGAACUUUGACAAGCUGAAAGUGAGGACAGCAUGCUACACACUCCUUCCUUCCGGUUGCAAUCUCUUAAGGAGAGUGAUUGGCGAGUGUGUAAGGAUGGGCUUCAUCAAUUAGAACAAGCCUCCCAGCCCUUCUUCUAUGAAGUGGUGGUCUGGGUCUGCUGCAUCCUCCAUGUUGAGAAGAUUGCACAGUGGCACGCUGGACCCAAGUGCCUGGGGGGUCUGAUUGUGUGCAUUGAGCAAGCCACAUGCAUAUGAAUAUGAACCAGAAAGAAGAUUGGGUACUUUCUGGGUGAGCUGUGCAACCAGGACCUGCAUCUGGAUGCUAUGUGUGCACCUGGGCUCGUUGCCGAGAGUGGCAGGUCAGAAGCAGGAGCUUUGGCAAGUGUGAUCUGGGGUCAUGGGAGAGAAGGACAGUGCUGGAUGCCUAGUGGCAAUAUGACAACAGCAAGUAUGAGACUUCUCUCAGGAGGGUGAUCUUCCCCUUGGAGAAGCUGCUGACAUCCUACAAGCGAUGGGGGCCACCAGGUGGCGCAUUGGAAGACCCACACGAGGUAAUUAAGAGGCUGCUAUGGGAAGUAUGCAGCCUUCCCGGCCCCCCCCAAGGAGAUGGGGGGGACUGCCUUGCCAGCGGUGUCCAUAAUUCACCCCCGGAUUCGAAAGAAGGGGGUGCGGACACUUGGCACAAGCCCUCGGGUGAAGUCGGCUCUUCCUGACGCUGUCUCCAAUCAGCGCACUGGUUCGCUUUAGCUCGAAAUAUAUAAUUGGAAAUAUAUAAUUGGAAAGAAGCUAAAGCACAUACAUCAAGCGAAGAUCGGGAGUAAAGACUGCUGAUUAAUGGAUCUCUGUGAGCGGAGCGACGGGCGGGACAAAUAAAUCAAGUGAUGAAUCACCAUUAAGAGACUGGUAUGUUUGGAGUGAAACGGAAAGGGGGUGGAGGAAAAAACUUUUCUUUUUUUUGCCUUAUGUGAGUAUUAAUAACCCUCCACCCCAGAGAGAAGAAUUGUUGCAAUUUAUUAAUCACAAGCAGGAAUUCAAGAACUGUGGAGUGAAUUAUUGAUCAAAGAGAGGAUUGGCAAACAUCGGAGAACGGAGGAAAGUUUUAUGACGCAGUUUUAAAUGGUGUCUCGCCAAGACAGGCUUGCCUAAGAAGGACGGGGGGAGGAAGACCAGGGUCAUCGGAGUAUGAAUGGUGAUCGGAAUGUGAUCUGGACCUGGCAGAGCCCUCUGAGAUAUGCUUGGCAAGCCUGGGGAAAUCAACGGACAGACUGAGGGAAAGUUUUUUACGGAGGUGUGGAAAUGGUGUCUGUCCUUAUGUGAUAUGAUUUUUGGAGAGUGUAAAACCCACACAGAGGAUGUUUGUUUUCAACCCGCUUGUGAAGAUUAUCAGAGAUCGCAAAGAAAGGAAUAUAUGAUAACAACAAGAAGAUGAGGAAAGUAAUAAAGAGACUAUCUGGAUAGAACUGUCUCAUUAAAGCAGCAAUAUAAGUGAUGCUUGGACCCCUGUUCGGAGCUUGAAGUAUGUGUACCCCCAACAAAAAUUUAAAAAUCUGGCUGUAUAAUUUGGAACUAAUGUGAUUUGGAAAUAAUGUGAUUUGAUUGGCCUGCUAAUAAAAAUUAUAUUUUUUUAAAAAAAGACAUCCUACAAGCGACUGGUUAUGAAGGACAAUGCAGUGAACGCCGUUUGUUAUGGUGAAAAGAGCAUGUGACCUGGCCUGCUGUGGUAUGAAGACAGCCUCAAAGUCCAUAAGAACGUUGUUAUCAGCACAAAAGGAGAGGCCAUUUGGACAGCCAGUACCUUGAUGACAACUGCAGUACUUGCAGUCAUGGAGUUAUGCCAAAAAUCAAGCUUGUGAUAAUGGAAAAGACACCUACGCUCACAAGUGGGUGCUUGUCCCGAAAGCUGCCCAGAAGACGAUGAUGAUCAAGGCGAGUCUUAUUGGACACUCACAGCAAGCCCCAUGAGAAAAAUCCCCAGGCCUGGAAGUAUAACUAUGUGGGUUGCUGGAAAGGAAAGCGUAAAAGAAGUCGUCCCAGUGGAGCCAGACAAAGAAGGUCAUGGAGAGUGUUGGGGAACACGGAGCAGCAGCCUCAUCUACCUCAGACUCUUCAGAGCUACAAGCAGAAAUCAAGGAAGAAGAAGAAAGAGACGAUAGAAUCAGAGCUUGCUGAGAGUGGCGGGAAGCUAGUUGAAAUGGACAGUGGCACAAAUGUGAAGAAGAAGAAGAAGAAGAAGAAGAAGAAGAAGAAGAAGAAGAAGAAGAAGAAGAAACAGCUCAGAGUAACCUGUGAGAACCACCCUGACCAGGCAGCCUGAACCAGCCUGAGGAAGAGGAGUCUGAAAGCCCAAUCCAUUGCAAGUGCAGAAAAGGCAGCUUUCCAAGAACUCUGAAAAAUACUUUCUUUGCCAAGUUUCUGGAUCUUACAGUUACAUAUGAUUUAAGCAUGUAAGUAAUAGCUAUUGACAUCUCAAAAGAUUUUCAGUCAACUCAUCGUAGAACUGUAAAAGCAUGGGGGGGAAAUGCAGGAGAAACCAGUUUUGCCUCCACUUUUAACCUUCCUAAUGGCUGGUGGAAACAGGAUACAUUAUGCAAAGCAAACAAUUUACAAAUUAAACUUGCUUAAUCAGUAUGAUUGUGCAGAAUUCUGCUUUUCUUGUUGCUGAAUGUGGACUAUCUUGAGUGCUUGUUUUUAAGUGUGCAUUGGUCUAAGUAUAUUUUUAUGUUGUGAACCUUCCUGAGAUCUGUGGAUGAAGGGCAGUAUACAAAUGUAAUAAAUAAUAAUCCUCUUUCUGGAUUGUGGCUUUUCAAAAUUAAGGAAUGUGGCCAUUCAGAUAAAUCUGUAAUAGUAACAUAAAAUUAAAAUGCAAGACCUGCUUCUGUAAAAGCUUUUUGUGACAGAGGUAUGCUAACAAGUUGUGCUUUAGAAACCUGAAUUAUUAUUAUUGUUGUUAUUAUUUUCCCUUCAGGGCGAGUUAUUGGCAAAUUUCUCUUCUCUGGAGAGAAGGAAGUAGAUCUGGCUGUGCAAAAUGCACAGGCUGCCUUUAAAAUAUGGAGUCAGAAGUCAGGCAUGGAACGGAGCACUGUCCUGCUGGAGGCUGCCAGGAUAAUCCGGGUAUGUGUUAAAAAUCACAUGAGCCAGCCCAGCCUCCUCUCAGGCAGCGUUGGCUGCUUUCCAAGGGGAUACCUUUUCAGCCAUUGCCCACCAGUUUUGACUUGGCUUAAUAACUCUAGUUUGUGGUUGCUGCUGGCCUCUCUCUUCUCCUGAGUUCUGUGCAAUACUUGAAGAAUGAGAGGAGAUCUUGUGCAAGGUGUCAAUAGAAGGAGAGGGUGCUAGAGAGGGAAGUGCAUUUGCCCCUGGAAGCCAGAUUUGUGGACUCUGGUUUGCAGUGCUGUGUCAAUCACUAACCUAUUAACAGCUCUAGGUAAGUAAAAGUCACCUUUGCUCAGAUUGAAAGCCUUGGGGUGUCCUUGCCUUCCCAACCUUAUCAUACUGCUCAGAGCUGCUUUAUAUGACGUGUGCUCAGACCUGCUUUAUAUGACAUGUGCUAAGAGCUGCUUUAUAUGACAUGUGCUUGGAGGCCCUUGGAUCAUAGCUGCCGUUAUGCCUCCGCCAUAUAGCCAUUGCUUAAUUCGCCAAAAAGAGUUAAGGUGGUUUUUAUUCUUGUUGGCUGACUGCAUUAUUCUGAAUUAUUUGUACUUUAGUGGUAUUUUGAUAUGUUUUAAUGUUUGUUUUUAUUUUGCAUGUUGCUUAAAGGCUCAUUGCAGGAGGUUGCUGGUAGUAAAUAAGAGCAGUUCAAGAGAAAAGCCCUCUUGGUCCUGCCACAUCCUGCCGACACACACGUUACGGCUACUUGGAGUUGCAUGUUUCCUCCAUGGUGCUGCUCACCUUAUGGAAUUCCCCCCCCCCCACACACACACCCUGAGCAUUCAGCAGGGGCCAACAGUACUGCUAUUUUACCAGCUACUAAAAAUGUAUCUGUUCAUAGAGGCCUUCCUGUUGUACCGUAUUUUUCGCCCUAUAGGACGCACCGGCCCAUAGGACGCACCUAGUUUUUUGGGGGGGGGGGGAAUAAAGGAAAAAAAAUCCCCCCCCCCAGGUGCGGGGCUGGGGCGGGGGAAGCCCAAGCUUCCCCCGACCCCAGCCCCCAGAACAGGCUGCUAUCCGCAAGCCUUCCCCCACCAGCCCUGACAAACUCUGGGAGUAUUCCCCACCUCCCGCAGAAGUCGCACGCUCUUUAAAGGGGCUGCGCGGCUUCUAUUGGCUCUUCUAGCUUGGGGAUGGCUGCGCACAAAGGAAGGCUGUUCCCAAGCCAGAACAGCGAGACAGAGGGCUCCGUCUCGCUCUUCUAGCUUGGAGACGGCUGCGCGCAAAGCCUCUGCAGGGCACCCGCAAAACCGGCAGAAGCCGUGCGCUCUUUAAAAGGGCUGCACGGCUUCUCCUGGCUUUUCUGGGAGGUGGAGGGAUUCCCUCGCAAAAGCCUGCAGAAGCCGCGCAACCCCUUUAAAGAGCGCGCGGCUUCUCCUGGCUUUUCUGGGAGGUGGGGGAAUUCCCCCACCUCCCUGAAAAGCCCGCAGGCUGCCAUCCGCAAGCCCUGGGAGCCCGAGGGAAGUCUCGCCGGGCUCCCAAGGCUUGCGGAUAGCUUCCUGAAGCCUGCAUUCGCCCCAUAGGACGCACACACAUUUCCCCUUCAUUUUUGGAGGGGGAAAAGUGCAUCCUAUAGGGCGAAAAAUACGGUACCUUUUUUUUGUUCCUUAGACACAGCAGAUAUAAAUGUUUAUAAAUGUAGUGUUUUAGUGAAUUGUCUUCAGUUAUUAUAGUGCACAUUGCCUUGUCAUGUUCUGCUUCAAAAGUGGUAUGUACAUUAUUUUAAUAAAUGAAUGGCUAGAAAUAGCUGAUUAUAGAGCACAAAGAAAUAUGCACAAAUGUAUAUCACUUCGCAGUUCUAGCUUUUUUGGCACAGACGUACUUUUGGUGGAAUAUAAAGGAAGCUUGGGCAGCCACUUAAUUCCAGUUCCAGUUGCUGCUAGCAUAGUUUGAUUCAUACUGUGUCUCUGUUGGGAUUCUAGGAGCGAAGGGAAGAAAUAGCUACCUUGGAAACAAUCAAUAAUGGCAAAUCCAUAACUGAAGCCCGAAUAGAUAUUGAUACGUCUUGGCAGUGUCUGCAGUAUUAUGCUGGCUUAGCUGGCUCCCUAGCAGGUGAGAGUCUGCAACUCCAUUUGUUAGUUCUGUUGCAUUAGCUCUGUAUUUUUUCAUUCUUCCCAUGUCGUCUAAUACACUCCUUGGAACAGUACAGAAGUCAAAUGUGGGUAACAGCUUCAAGUCAUGGGAGGAGCCUGAAUGUUCAGACAGGAAACAUUUGUUGUUUAGAUAAUAUGGUUUGCUACUUUUUCCAGAAUUCUUGUAUUCCGCUUUAUGCAGUGAUGUCUGGAGUCCAGCUCUUCUACUGGGCAUGAAAAAUGGUUCUGUGUGUGCAGUGUUGUGUACUUGCUGAAACUAAUAUGACAUCAGGUGGCUCAGCUACAAAGGAAAGAAUCAGGAUUACCAGUUCCUCCUUUGCAUCAGAAAGUUGGCCCUUUUUAAAUGUGGUGCAACAAAAAAGGUGCCAAGUUUCCUUAGUGACUUCUUGAUGCAAAGGAAAAAUUGGGAGUGCACUUAAAGCAUUCUCAAUUCUUCUUCCUUGUAUCCACAGCUUGAGCUUUCUUGCACCUGUCAUCACAUAUGAUGGGCAAAUUUUGCCCCAAACAACCUGCUGAGCCAACCUCUGAGACCUAGCAGGCCGAAUAAGCAGGCUGGAGGUUCCCCAUCACUAGUCUCAUAUUUAAAAUGCAUUAUUUCUUCUUUUUAAAGCUGCAGAAAGAAACUUCACAGGCAGCCACAACCAACCAGGGCCCCUACAGAAUGUUUCCAUGCUGAAUUUGUUAGGUUCCAGUGGGCACGUGGGGAGUUUCACUCUGUGGAAUGGGGAGAUGACUUGGGUGGUGGAUGUAUCAGCAUAUCCCAAUAUUUAGCUGCUGAUAGAUCACAGUGUUGAAAACCAGGUAUCACCCAGCCCGCCCAGGUAGCCAAUUCAGAGCCGAAAGCGUAUCACAGAAAGCACCAUGAGGGAAGAAAUGCAAAAGCUAUUAGGUUACAAAGCAAAACAGAACUCUUUCACCUCAAAAAUACAAUUAAGGAAAACUACCAGUAUAAAGAAACCUUUAGGAAUUUGAGUAUAGUGCUGGAAGAUCAUGCAGUGGCUAAAAAUCAAUAUCUGCAGUCACUGGUGACCUUGAACCACAAAGGUGGUAAAUUGGAGCAAUUAAAUGAAAUCUUUUUUCCUCAGGAAGAAGGUCGCACUCAGGAUCCAAAGCAAAAAGCCAUUCAAAUGGACUCAAGGAAUGGGGACUUAUUUGCAAUCCUUUUUAUAAUAUAAAAUGUGGGACGCGGGUGGCGCUGUGGGUAAAACCUCAGCGCCUAGGACUUGCCGAUCGCAUGGUCGGCGGUUCGAAUCCCCACGGCGGGGUGCGCUCCCGUCGUUCGGUCCCAGCGCCUGCCAACCUAGCAGUUCGAAAGCACCUCUGGGUGCAAGUAGAUAAAUAGGGACCGCUUACCAGCGAGAAGGUAAACGGCGUUCCAUCUGCUGCGCUGGCUCGCCAGAUGCAGCUUGUCACACUGGCCACGUGACCCAGAAGUGUCUGUGGACAGCGCUGGCUCCCGGCCUAUAGAGUGAGAUGAGCGCACAACCCUAGAGUCUGGCAAGACUGGCCCAUAUGGGCAGGGGUACCUUUACCUUUACCUUUUAUAAUAUAAAAUAUACCAUAUGUUUUAUACUCUUUUUAUUCUUACCUCUUUAAAAUGUUUUGGUUUGGUUUGUUGUGGUUUUUACUUUGCAAGCCACUCUGACCAGCUGUGCUGCUCCUGCUCAUCUUGCUUUGUCCUUCCUGUCCAGGCCAGCACAUCCAGCUUUCCGGCGGAUCCUUUGCUUAUACGAGAAGAGAACCUCUUGGAGUCUGUGUUGGAAUAGGAGCCUGGAACUACCCUUUCCAGAUUGCCUGCUGGAAGUCUGCCCCGGCUUUGGCCUGUGGUAAAAGAGAUGCUCUAUAUGAGGAGUGAGAAUGUGGGUGUCAUCCCAACAGCUAGUACCAGGGGGUGGCUUUGUAGGGUGCCCAUGCAUGGAAUAGGGAACAAUGCUCUGCAAUAUUAUAAAGUCAAGUAUUUAAAUGGCAGAUGAAGAAGUAAACCAUUAGGUCCAGUCGUGACCGACUCGGGUUGCAGCACUCAUCUCGCUUUAUUGGCCGAGGGAGCCAGCGUACAGCUUCCGGGUCAUGUGGCCAGCAUGACUAAGCCGCUUCUGGCAAACCAGAGCAGCACACGGAAACACCGUUUACCUUCCCGCCGGAGCGGUACCAAUUUAUCUACUUGCACUUUGACGUGCUUUCGAACUGCUAGGUUGGCAGAAGCAGGGACCGAGCAACAGGAGCUCACCCCGUCGCGGGGAUUCGAACCGCCGACCUUCUGAUCGGCAAGUCCUAGCCUCUGGUUUAACCCACAGCGCCACCCGCGUCCCGUGAAGGAGAGAGAACACAUUAAUGUGGAUUGUGAGGCCACCAAAUUAAGAUGGGGAUUUGCGGGAUGAGCAUUGUGGUAGCUCCAUUUCUUGCUUCUGUCCCUAGUAGAAGCGUUUACUCAACACUCAUGUUUGGACUGGGCAUUCAGCUGGGAUCAGAGAGGCCAAAUCCAUUGCCCACCCCAGCUUUCUCCUUUGCACCUCCAGAUAGAGUUAAUGCACAGCUGUUCUUUCCCCCUUGGCCCAUGUGAAUUGCCUAGGUAACGCCAUGGUCUUCAAGCCUUCUCCCUUCACCCCUGUCUCCGCCGUGAUGCUGGCAGAGAUCUACCAUGAGGCUGGAGUUCCUAAGGGGCUUUUCAAUGUGGUGCAAGGUGGAGUUGCCACAGGCCAGUUCCUGUGCCAGCACCCGAAUGUGGCCAAGGUCUCUUUCACCGGGAGCGUUCCUACAGGAAUCAAGGUACAGGACACCAAUGCCGGCUGGCAAUAUUGAACUGCAAAGUUUAGCCCUCUGGCUUCCCAGGUGGUAAGUCUACAGGAGCGCAAGCAUGCGAUGCAAAGGCCAGUUUGGAGUACCUGGCAUGCCUCUGGAGUGGGGAAGGCCAGCUAGAGAGGCCCCAGAGAGCAGGAUAGGAGAAGUUUCUGUUUAUGCCUUUGCCAUUCGCUUCAGUCAAAUCCCUUUGGGCUUUUGAAUUGCUAGAGGACAGUGUGUUUUGAGCAAGCCGCAGAUGUAAAGCAUGUCAACACUGUACUUACAGUCGGAGCUUUCCAUGUUGUAUCCUUUGGGGAAAGCACUAGCCUUUCACCGCCUGCCUUUCAAUCCAUGUUGCUGGAGAAUUGUCUGGCAAGGACACAUGAAAAGCAAGAUGAAAUUUCAGCCCUGAGUGGUUAAAUCUAUCAUGUGUUACAAAAUGCUUUUAUGCAUGGAAGACAGAGUUGUGUUCGCGUAACAUCACUGUAGGCUCAGAAUUGCUUGACAUUUAAUCCUGACUUAUCACCAGAAAGUAUCUUCCAUAAGCAAAAGAUAUAGAUGCUUAUUCAGCAGACUCCCAAAUGAGGAUGUCCCUUUUCACUUGUCUAGAGAUUUUGCAGAGUUGUGAUAGACUUGCUUGUGUUGCUCAUACACCUUGUUCCAUCUUUGCUUCAAUAGAUCAUGGAGAUGGCAGCCAAAGGGAUCAAGCCAGUUACUCUGGAGUUGGGGGGCAAAUCCCCCCUUAUUAUCUUCUCUGACUGUGUCCUGGAGAAUGCUGUAAAAGGAGCUCUCAUGGCCAACUUCCUCACACAAGGCGAGGUGUGGACCUCCUGAGGAGCUUGUUUAUGUCUUGUCAGGGAAGUCCAAAGUUCAGUGGUAACAUUCUUCUACAGCUGAAAAAGAAAUCUGUCAUUUCUAAAUUACUGCAGCAUGGAAGGCCUUGGUUUUUAAGAUAAAUGAGAAUCUGAUCUUGACAUGAAAACAGAUGCCUGUAAAGUCCCAACUAUUUAGGGCAAGAGGCCAAGGCCUAUCCCUUUCUUACUGGUGGGCCUGCUAGGUUCAUGUUUGCCCCUAAAUACAAGGCAGUGAAACUUGUUGUAUUUAGUCCACUCUUGAACUUGAAGCCAUAAGGCUCCAUCAAGAGUACACAUGUUGUAACUGUAAGUCAGACUUUCUUCAAGAUACCACUAACAAGAAUAUAACGUUUGAUUAUAUUUUUUACUGACAUGGAGUUCCAUUUGGAUUUGGGGCCAUAGACACCCAAAUGUCUCAGGCCAUUUCUGCUUUGCUUUAUGCCGUAGUUCACUCUUGUCUGCUCUAUAUUUUCCCCACAUGGUGGCACUGAGGGUUCUAAGAAAAUCUUUCUGCUCUACUUCCCAACAAACUUUUUUAUUAUCUCAUUCAAGGGAGGGCAGCUCCAGUUUUUCUGGUGGGCUAGAUUCUCAAUAUUCAGAGGACACAUAAGAAGACACUUCAGUGCUAUUCUUAUAUUCUAACAUUUGUUUGCUAUGCAAAAAGUGGCACUACAGCUCACACUCUUGUACUGUGUGGAAGAGUCUGAUUUUCUCCAUUCCCAGGAGAUUUAAAAUCAGUGCCAAAGAUCCAGUGAGUAGGUGGCUCAUUGUGGCUACCAGAGCCAGCAAGCAAGGUGUGGUUGGUUGGUUGGUUGGUUGGUACUUUCUUAGAUCUCUCUCUGUGCCUCAGGUUUGUUGCAAUGGCACUCGGGUGUUUGUGCAAAGCGAGAUACUGAAUUCCUUCACCAAGGAAGUCAUGAAACAGACACAGAAUAUCAAAAUUGGCGACCCCCUGCUGGAAGACACACGGAUGGGAGCACUUAUCAACCACUCCCACCUGGAGAAGGUGUUGAGCUUUGUUAAACAAGCAAAGGAUCAGGUGAGAGUCAUGAAGUAUAUCAGAUAGCUUCUCUUCACCCCGAGAACAUCAUACAGACACCAUAUUCUGUGCUCACAACAAAGGCUGUGCCUGGCAAGGCAUACAUGGAAUUUUGAUAUAUAUGAAGUUGUGUUCCCAUCUUUUGCUAGGUUCUGAGGGACUACAUCUGAACAGUUCCUGAUAACUUACAGGAAAGUUGACUUUGUGGGAUGUGCUGUCAGUGUUGUACCUCCCCAUAAGUAGCAACAGCAGAUUCAGCCAUUCAUGUCAAGCAAAUAAAUAGGGCUCUUUUGCAGGGGUGGCCAUGCUGUCAGUUCUCUGCUUAUGGAUCUAGCAGGUCGCUUCAGAUCUGUUGGAGUACAUUCUCCCUGCAAGAUUAAAGGUUAUGAAAUCCAGAGUCAACAUAAACCCAAGGAAUUUGAGACCAUUUGACUAUUCACAUUUAAGGACUUUGUCCCUCAAUUGUACUUUGCCUUCUGGCAAGGGUUAUGACUUUUGUUUGCAUGGUGCUCAGAUUAUCUCUUUUCAAGACUGAAUAAUGCUGUCAGUUGCAAAAGAACCCUAUGGAGACUAGGAUGGACUGGUCAAAGGACUAUAAAUAGAGGGCACUGUCCAGCAAAGUAGUUCUGUUAUUUCAGCAACUUCUGUCCCUUCCCUCCCCUCUCCUCUCCCUAAAUCUGUUCUGGGAGUUGCCCAACCCUCUGGAGCAUAUCUGGGGAGGCUGUGUAAGGAGGGGGGCAAGAGGAAAAGAGACGGAGAGGGGAAAUUCCAUUGCACAAACGGAAACCCAUGGCUAACGCAACAACUUCACUGGAUGCUUCCCAUAGUUUCCUUUUAAGGAGUCUAAUGGUUUGCUCUGGACAUUUUGCAUUUACAGGGCGCAGUGGUGCUGUGUGGAGGAGAAGCCUAUGUGCCAGAUGACCCUAAGUUGAGUGGUGGCUUUUACAUGUCUCCCUGUGUGCUAGGUAUGAACCCCAUUAUUGGUUGAUUCUCCAACAUGGUCAGUACCAUGUUGGUGCUGAAGGGGAUGGAAGAUGAGCACAGUGCACAGAUUUGUAUGGCAUUUUUAGCUGAAGAAAUUGGCUUCCUUAUAAUCUUUCCUGAGGUUGAGAAAGGAUGGUGGCCCCUUUCAUUGUUCUGCAGCCGCCUAAUGCUAUGAUCCGAACUACAUGAUCAGAUGAUUUGUUUGGGAUGGUACUCAAGGUCCACAUGUUUGAAUGUUCUGUACUAUAAAUAACCUCCUGUGCAGAGAAGCAAUUUCAUCUCCUUACAUAGUAGUUUUAUUUAUGCAGGAAGCUUUCAUAUUUAGAGUAUUGAGGGUGCAGUAAAUAAUUCAGUUGUCAGGCACUGAGCUCCUGUCCACACUUUACUUGGAAGCAAGUCCUGUUGUACAAAGUGGAAUUUAUUUUCAAAUAAACUUGCAUAGAUUUAUAGGCUGAUAGUUUGUCCAGAUCUAAAGCAACAAGCAGGUAGUUCUGAAAUCCCAAUUUGUUUCAUAACUGCAGAAUAACUGGGUGGGAGAAUCUGUUUCUUCCUCACUUGUGCAUUCAGAACAGUUGCAUACCUAUUUAAUAUUAUUUGAUCACUUCUGUGUUGCACUCAGGAAACUGUAAUGACAACAUGACAUGUGUACAAGAGGAGAUUUUUGGACCUGUCAUGUCCAUCCUGCCCUUUGACACCGAAGAGGAAGUCCUAGAAAGAGCCAACAACACUCAUUUUGGCCUGGCAGGAGGUGUCUUUACCAGGUACCAUCAAGGAAGGGCAUAGGUUUCAGGGAGGGAGAUGGAAAAUGAAACGGGCCAGACUGGACAGUAAAUGGGGCUGCCUGCUCUGUAAUGUGGCAUCUGUAGAAGAUGCAAGUUGGGAAGCAGCACAUCAGCCCAGAUCAUGAUGGCAAAUGCUUGCUGCCAGUUGGAAUUGUGUGCUAUCCUCAUCAGCUGGCAUUCCUCCGAAGUGACAGCUGUGCCUAGUGGCAUUUGGCCUACUCUAGCCUGUCCCUUAGGAAGGCCAGGGAACACUGCAGGGUUUCUGGGCCUUGGGAGACACACUGGUGCUUCACCCCAUCCUUCUGCUUCCUAGGGACAUCCAACGGGCUCAUCGAGUCGUGGCUGGUCUCCAGGCAGGGAUGUGCUUCAUCAACAACUACAACGUCAGCCCUGUGGAGCUGCCCUUCGGAGGAUACAAGAUGUCAGGUGAGCUGCUCAGCUGGUGGCAACAGUGCUGGGCUUUGGUUCUCAGCAUAUUACGUACCAGUUGGCAAAAGGGAAUGGAAAUAUUAGCCAAGCUUGGGUUGUGGACCAAGAGAGUUGCAGCCUUCCAGAGGGAUGUGGUGCUCGCCAAGAAUCCUGAUGUCAUUUAGUUCCUCUGGCUUAAGGUCGUUCUGGGUGUUGGCCAUACAGCCUGCCUGAAACAGUUUGAGAUACAUACAUCUGUUGUUUGCAGUGCUCACCCUGUGAGAAAGGACAUGCACAUGCUAACUCCAGCUUUUAGGUUCACCUGUACAUACACUUAAGUAAGGAAGUCCCUUCCCUUGGGUCCUUUGCAUUCUCACAGGUAAGUUGCCAGCAAGCUUACUUCUGAAACCUUCACAAGGAAAAACAUAUUUUUAAGAGCAAAUAGUGGCAUCAGAUGCUAUGUUCUCCAUUCCAUGGUGCAAUUCCUGCCAUGCAGUUUUCCAGAGUUCUUCUCACAGGGAGCCAUAGAGUUGCAGUCUUACCAUGGACCUCUCUCUUGCAGGGUUUGGCCGAGAGAAUGGCGAAGCAGCAAUAGAAUAUUACUCUCAGCUGAAGACUGUCUGCGUGGAGAUGGGCAACGUGGAAACAUUGUUCUAAUGGCCUGGUCUUGUCCAUUUAUUCCAGCUAACACUCGACUGAAGUGCUGUGUGCCAUGGGGGGAGGGGGGCUGGAGUGUGUGUUGCUCUUGCUGCCCCUCUCUUUCUUUGAAUUCCCUUAUUCUACUCUGCUUCCUUGAAAUAAUUCAUGGUGAAGAUAGGAGAAAAUGUUCCUAUCCACCAGUUCUCACAUUCUGCCUCUUGCCUAAUUUUCUGACUUUAGGAGCAGUGCAUGCCAAAAACCACCUGCUCCCAUUUAGAGGGGCUGUGACAACGUAUCUGCUUGCGAGCUCCGUAUUUUAGCUGUCAGGUAACUAGACAUCUACUACCGCAAUGAAGGUAGAUCAUAUAUAUCUGCUACCUUUUCUAAUCUGGCACUUUUGUACACAGUUUUCUGAGCAAAUAAAAGAGCUGCUAUUUCAGUAUUAAUUGCAUAGAGCAAGAGGUAAUAGCUCUCUUUGCCGUCAAGGGACACCUGUGCUGUGGAGGUGGAGGGGUGGGCAUAUAUACAUGCACAGAGUUUAGCCGUCCCCAUGCACCCAUCACAGACAUGCGAUCCAUAGGGUCCCUAAUAGCUAUUUGAUUUAAAUGCAAAAUUCAAUGGGGGGGCUGGCAGGGGUGACAAGCUGCAUUGUGACAUGUGACAGUUUCACAUGGUGAAUGCAAUCUGCCUCUGGUGGAACUGCCUUAAACCCAGAGGCCAUCAGCUGUGCCCAGGUCGGAAGGAGCCAUGGCUGCUUUAAAGAGGGAUGGAGCUCUCUGGCAAACCAUGCCACUUAUGUAGGAAGCAAUGUCACUGCAGCAUUUUGUAAAAAGCGGGUUAUCAGCUAGCUUCAGAAUCAAUUCCCCAAAGUUGGGAGCCUCUGCCUCCACCUGGAACAAAAUCUGUCACAUGUUCCUUCCUCACAGAUUGUGGGAAAGCAGCAGCAGCGGUCCCUCUCUGGCUUCCCCACUGAGCCAUGGAUGCUUCAGCUGAGAUUCCUGCCUUGCAGGGGGUUGGACUAGACGACCCCUGGGGUCCCUUCCAACUCUACAAUUCUAGGAUUCUAAGGGAUUGCAGGUGACCUUUCCCUUAGUCUGUAAGAGGGGAAAGGGGCAUUUUGAGGAGUAUUUGCCAGACUUCCUUCCCUACAGCCUGAGCAAGAUGUGCUCUGCUUCUUAGGGCCAGUAUUGCCCUUGGAACAGUAAGUCUGGGGUCUUUGUGCUUCUCCUGUAAAACAGAAUCUAGACUUGUAGUGUUGGGGGACCCCAAGGACCAUCUAGUCCAGCCACUUGCAAUGCAGAAAUAGCACAAGGCAUGUGGCCAACACACCCUAAAGACAGGCAUGGCCAAACUUGGCCCUCCAGAUGUUUUGGGACUACAAUUCCUAUCAUCCCUGACCACUGGUCCUGUUAGCUAGGGAUGAUGGGAGUUGUAGUCCCAGACAUUAGGAGGGCCAAGUUUGGCCAUACCUGCCCCAAAGAUGCAAGCAGAAAGCCAGGUGUGGCAAGCCAAACGUGGUAUGUUGUGAAUCUGUUUCCUGGGAAUGAUGAAUAAAUAACACCAGAGGGACAAUGCCUCUGGAAGACCUUUGCCUCCUCUCCAGGGGCCACAUGGCAAAGCAGACAACUCUAAAGAGAAAGGUUUUGAUCCUGAAUUCUAGCACCUCCAAGCAGGUGAAGAAGGGAAAUGGGGGGGGGGGGACUCUGUUAGAGGGCUACUCCCAUAUCCCUCCUGCCUGUUCUGAGGAGAAAAAUGUCUCACCUCUUCACAGUAACAGUCCUGGAGCUUUCUUAGUUUCCUCCCCAGACAUCUUGCCCCUUAAGGGAGAAGGGAGGUGGCACAGAUAAGUUGAAAGUUUGGGAGACUCACUUUGUAACUCCCGCACAGAGAGGGAACAUGCCAGAUGUUCAGAAAACCACAGUCCAGCAUUCAAAAGGCAGAAAUUAAACUAAAGGUAAAUAACCCACAGGAACUUCAUCUUCCAUCAGCUAUUAACACCCUCCGUGCUUUUGCCUGUAAGAGCUAAAAAACCCGGAAGCAAACGACCCUUGGCUGAGGUUGAGCCACCUCCGCUUCCUCAAGACAGUUCAGCCUCCUCCCCAGCAGGCUUGGCAGUUGCUUCCCUACAGAGGACCACUGUAGAGAGGCUAAAGCAGAGCUUUCCAAACUGCUGGCUGCAGUGUGUCGUGUGAAUGCUUCCUCCCGGGGCUAGAAAGGGAUAACCUCCAGUUCAUAAAACUGAAUUACUGUGGUGUGAAAUGAUGCAUGUCUAAAAAGCAUGACAAAUUUGGAAAACUCUGACCUAAAGUGUUGGCUGCACAUUCUGUCCACUUAGCACAUUCCUUAGCCAGCCCCAAGGCGACAGAAGAAAAGCCCCUGGAAGAGGGGCAGAAAGGAGACCCUGUGGAGCUGCCGCUUAAGGGAGAUCUGUGAGAUCCUUUUAUGUCUUUUGGGUGGUGCUCCUCUUCCCUAUGAAGAGGAGCUCUCCGUCUAUGAUAGAGGUCCUUUACCUCUUUGUAAAUGUACUGUGAGGGCAGAGUGUAAAAGAGGAAGCCUUCCAAACCAGUUGCCUUAUCAAGGCACAAUGGCUUUAGCUGAUCAGCAGAAGCCCAAAGAAUGAGCUCAAUGUGGCUCUCUAAAUGGGUGGCUUAGGCAUUUCCCACACUUUUCUCACACUCGACCACAUGACCCCAGGUAGAAGAACAAUAGCCAGAGUUGCGCAUGAGAGCUGAGCUGAUGCUGGAAGCUGGAGGAGACAGCAACGUCUUGCUUGGUGUUGGAUCCAAAGCUGAGUUUGGGCUCUCCUGGAAACCAAAUGAGGAAGCAAGAACCUUUCAGUCUCAUGGACAUAUGUGUAAAUAAAACCAUAUAUCCUAAAGACACCACCAUCUUGGGAUGACCUUCAUUCCAGGACACCAAGGAAAUGCAGGCGCCCCAGGAACCUCUUGCCGCACAAAAUUGGGGUGGCGUGCAACAAUAUGUUUCCAUCCAAGCUGGUGAACCCUGUAUAUUUAUAAACAAGUAGAUUUUGCUAGUUUGCAUCUUCCCUACAAAUCCUCUUUUCCUUUUGUGGUCAUUUCUUCUUUUAGAUUGUCAUGCUCAGAUUGUUGUUGUUUUCUAAGCUGCCCUGUGAGCUUUUCUGGCUGAAAAGCAGGGUAUAAAUAUUUUGAAUGAAUAUCCAUAUGUGGGAAGGGGAAAGGUGGAAACAUGAUGGCUGGGGGAGGGAAGGCCCCUCUCUCAUGGGAGCAUCAUCCCUGAAGAAGAGGAACACAAGUCAUCCUACUUGCAGACUGGAGGACACUCUUUCCCUGUUCCCUGUCUUCAGGGAGCACAGUCAGCUUUCACUUGUAAGCAGAGGAGGCGGGACUGCCGACAUCUCCCUCGCGACCAAGUUGUAGACGACUGUAGAAGUGAGCAUGGGAAAGGCCGUUCCUUUCCAUGGGAACCUACAGACAUUUGUCUCUGCAACACUUGCCCCUGGUCUCUUUGGCUGUGCACCAAAAAACCUUGAAGCUGAGCUGGAGCUGUUCGAAGAGCAGGCAUCAGCCAGCCCAGUAGGAGAGUCAUCUGGAGUUUCUCUGACUUCAUGGGCUUAACUUCUUGUGGAGGAUACUGUAGGGAAAGAAAGAAAAAAUACUAGGGAGAAUCUCCAUUGCUAAUUUGAUCUGCUCAGCUGGCUUCUGAUGUUCCCUCAGUUCUCACAGCAGCUUUCCCAUCAUCUAAAGUCUUAUGGCAUGUUUAUGAUGAUGAUUGGCAUUUCUCAGGCCCCUUAAUGUCAGAAUAAAAAUAACUGCCCU